GCUGAUGACGCGCGCGGGCGGCGGGCAACAUGGCGUCGGCGGCGCUGAGCGAGGCCGAGAAGGUGUACGUCGUGCACGGAGUGCAGGAAGACCUUCGCGUGGAUGGUCGGGGCUGCGAGGACUACCGCUGUGUUGAGGUGGAGACUGAUGUGGUGUCCAACACCAGUGGGUCUGCCAGGGUUAAGCUGGGCCACACAGACAUCUUGGUAGGAGUGAAAGCAGAAAUGGGGACACCAAAGCUAGAGAAGCCAAAUGAAGGCUACCUGGAGUUCUUUGUUGACUGUUCAGCCAAUGCGACCCCAGAAUUUGAAGGGCGAGGAGGUGAUGACCUUGGCACAGAGAUCGCCAACACCCUCUACCGGAUAUUUAACAACAAGAGCAGCGUUGACUUGCGGACCCUCUGCAUCAGUCCUCGGGAGCAUUGCUGGAUCCUCUAUGUGGAUGUGCUGCUACUGGAAUGUGGUGGGAAUUUGUUUGAUGCUAUUUCCAUUGCUGUGAAAGCUGCUCUCUUCAACACAAGAAUACCAAGGGUUCGUGUGCUGGAGGAUGAAGAGGGGUCGAAGGACAUUGAGCUGUCUGAUGACCCCUAUGACUGCAUCCGACUCAGCGUGGAGCAUGUCCCCUGCAUUGUCACUCUCUGCAAGAUAGGCUGUCGGCAUGUGGUGGAUGCCACUCUUCAGGAGGAGGCCUGCUCCCUGGCCAGCUUGCUGGUGUCAGUGACCAGCAAGGGAGUUGUGACAUGCAUGAGGAAAGUGGGGAAGGGCAGCCUGGACCCUGAGAGCAUCUUUGAGAUGAUGGAGAGCAGCAAGCGAGUGGGCAAGGUGCUACAUGCAUCCUUGCAGAGCCUUCUGAACAAGGAAGAAAGCUUGGGGCCAAAGAGGCCAAAAGUCGGGUUCCUGGGAUGAUCAGCUUGUCAGCCCUGCUCUGGGAAUUGGUUAUAUUUCACUUUUCCAUUGAAAUUGGUUUGUAAAUAUUGUUCUAAAUUGUUAUACAUUUAAAGCAACAUUUGUACAUACAAAAUUAAAGUAUUUUCUGGUUUGGUUUUA